UCUAGCCUGUACUGAUAUGCAGCCAAGCUUUUGUGUGAUCCUCGUUCUCUCCACGUUACAGCUAUUGGUGCUGUUUGCACAGGGCGAAAGCAGUGUUAUAGACAGCUUCAGGAUUUUCAAUAACUUUCCCAGUGGAGUCGCAAUCUCCAACAGCAACAAUGAUUCAGAAUAUGAAUGCUUGACGGCGAAGAGAAUAUGGCUGAAUGCGAAAGCGAAGCAAGGGAAGUACAUCUGGAUUCUAAAGGAGCGCCAUGGAAAAUCAAAAAUAGAGAUACCAUUUUAUUUAAGCCAAGGAAGCAGCCCUGACACGUUCUCAUACAAGGUGGGAUCAGAAGAUGCAACUCCUGAAGAGGGAAAGUUUAUGUACACGGACUACGAACACUGUUCGGUUCUCGACAUGCCCUACAAUGGCCACCAGUGUAUCCUUUGGUCAUCCGAACUGAGUAAGGACUCGUUGCCGCAAGAGUGCAUGGACAAGUUCGCCGACAUCUGUGGCGUCGGCAUUCCGUUAUACAACCAAGAUUUAUGCCCGGUUGAGAUAGCCAACUGAUAGAUUGAGAAUUACGCUGUACUGGCUAGAUAGCAGAGCGCAAAAUAUAAUAUGAAGAUUUGCUGGAGU